AUGAAUUUAAGCAUCGGUAACACCACCACAAAUUCAUCUAAUUUCCCUGCAAUUUUCCAAAACCCAUCAUUUUUACCCAGAAGUAAUUCAUCAAUAACCCCUAAAAUUCUCUCAAAUAGUCACCCCAAAACUCUAAUAAUAACGGCUUCUUCAAAUAGCAGCAGCAACAAUAAUCAAAACACACCCACAAACAGCAACAAAGAUCAUCGGUGGUCUCUUAGGGUCUGUUUGUGGUGGGAUAUGGUGAAGAAUGAUUUUCUUUAUAAUGUUUCACCAGGUUUCAACAUGGAGUGUUUCAGCUACCUUAUUAGUUUCAGCUCAAUUUCAGUUAAUGUUGCCAAACAGAGCCUUAGUGGGAUGACGGCUUUAGUCACCGGCGGCACUCGUGGAAUUGGGCAUGCAAUUGUGGAGGAAUUGUUGGGUUUUGGAGCAAUUGUGCAUAGUUGUGCUAGAAAUGAAGUUGAGCUUGAUAAUUGCUUGAAAAGUUGGGAAAAUCAAGGGUUUAAUGUUAGUGGGUCAGUUUGUGAUGUGUCUUCUUGGGAGCAACGAGAGAAGCUUCUGGAUACUGUUUCAUCUAUUUUUUAUGGCAAGCUUAAAAUUCUUGUCAAUAAUGUUGGGACAAAUAUACGGAAAUCAAUUGUUCACGUCACUCCACAAGAAUAUUCGACACUGAUGACUACAAAUUUUGAGUCUGUUUUCCAUUUAAGCCAGCUGGGUCAUCCUCUCCUAAAAGCUUCUGGCUGUGAAAGUAUUGUGUUUGUUUCUUCUGUCUCUGGUUUUGUUUCCCUGAAAUCGAUGUCUCUUCAAGGAGCAACUAAAGGAGCAAUUAAUCAACUGACUCGAAGUUUAGCAUGUGAAUGGGCAAAAGACAAUAUUAGGAGCAAUGCUGUUGCGCCUUGGUACAUCAAAACCACUAUGGUAGAAAAGGUCUUAAGCAAUGAAGAUUAUCUAGAGGAAGUUUAUUCUCGUACACCACUUUGUCGUCUUGGAGACCCAGCAGAAGUCUCUUCUCUGGUUGCAUUCCUUUGCCUCCCUGCAUCUGCUUACAUUACUGGUCAAAUUAUCUGUGUUGAUGGCGGAAUGUCCGUCAAUGGUUUCUAUCCCAAAAUGGAUUUUUAA